AUGGCGUAUGCUCCCCCCCGAAAGAGCGCGGCCGCACAGAAGUCGAGCUCUUCAGCUCCGCCGAGAGCCUCAGCCGUUGCGAGGACCGCUGCGCCCAAGAAGAAGAGUUAUGCAUCGGAAGGAGUGUCAGACAACGAUAUUUUUCUCCUGCCGGCCUCUGACUACCAGGUCAUUGGUCUGUUGACCAUUGUUGCUGCAGUGGUCCGCUUGUUCAGGAUCUACCAACCGACCAGUGUGGUCUUCGAUGAAGUCCAUUUUGGUGGCUUUGCGACAAAGUACAUCAAGGGCAAGUUUUUCAUGGAUGUCCAUCCUCCUCUCGCGAAACUCCUCAUCACGCUCGCAGGCUGGGCAGCAGGAUUCAAGGGGGAUUUUGACUUUAAAGACAUUGGAAAGGACUACCUCGAGCCUAAGGUUCCAUAUGUUUCAAUGCGCCUGUUGCCCGCCAUUCUUGGGAUUCUAACCAUCCCCACUAUGUUCUUGACAUUGAAGGCGUCAGGCUGUAAAACAAUUACCGCUUCAUUGGGGGCCGCACUCUUGAUCUUCGAAAAUGGCUUGGUUACGCAGUCUCGACUGAUUCUUCUCGACUCGCCUCUGAUCACUUGCACCGCAUUCACGGCCCUGGCUUGGACCUGCUUCACGAAUCAGCAUGAACUGGGACCUGAACGGGCGUUUGAUGCCAGCUGGUGGUUCUGGCUUGUAGCCACGGGGCUCGGCCUCGGGGCAACCGUGAGUGUGAAAUGGGUCGGUCUCUUCACGAUUGCAUGGGUGGGCAGCUUGACGAUUUUGCAACUCUGGGUUCUGCUCGGCGACCAUGUCAAUGUCUCUCCGAGAAGGUGGUUCAAACACCUUUUCGCCCGAGUCUUCUGCCUCAUUGUCAUUCCAGUUGCCUUCUACGUUGGCAUGUUUGGCAUUCACUUCCUUUGCCUUGUCAAUCCCGGAGACGGAGAUGGUUUCAUGUCAUCCGAGUUCCAAGCAACAUUGAAUAACAAAGCGAUGGCAGACACUCCUGCAGACGUGGCGUUUGGCAGCGAGGUAACCAUUCGACAUCACAACACACAAGGCGGCUACAUCCACUCUCAUUCGCACAUGUAUCCAGGUGGAAGCAAGCAACAACAGGUUACCCUCUAUCCCCACAAGGACGAAAACAAUAUCUUCUUGAUCGAGAAUCAAACCCAACCGGUUACUGCAGACAAUGUGACGAUCCCGGGGCCUCGUGCGUGGGAUGAGCUGGACCCGACGUGGAUUAAGGAUGGCGAUGUCAUCAAACUCUACCACAUCAUGACACACCGCCGUAUCCAUUCUCAUGAUGUUCGACCUCCCGUUACAGAGGCUGAAUGGCAAAACGAAGUCAGUGCCUACGGUUACGAGGGGUUUGAUGGAGACGCCAACGACCUAUUCCGGGUAGAAAUCAUCAAGUCCAUGUCUGACGGAGAAGAAGCCAAGACGAGGCUAAGGACCAUUCAGACCAAAUUCAAGCUUGUCCACAUCAUGACUGGGUGUGUGCUUUUCUCGCACAAGGUCAAAUUGCCCGAUUGGGGGUUUGAGCAACAGGAGGUGACCUGUGCCAAAGGUGGCACGUUACCCAACAGUGUCUGGUAUGUUGAACAAAAUUGGCAUCCGAAGCUGGGAGACGAUGUGGAGAAAGUCAACUAUAGGGAUCCCGGUUUCCUGGGCAAAUUCUGGGAGUUGCAGAAAGUCAUGUGGAAGACCAAUGCUGGCCUUGUUGAGUCACACGCGUGGGACUCUCGCCCUGGUUCGUGGCCGAUCCUCAGACGCGGUAUCAACUUCUGGGGCAAAGACCAUCGUCAAAUCUAUCUUAUUGGAAACCCUGCCAUCUGGUGGCCUUCCACGCUGGCGAUUCUGACAUAUGUCAUCUUCAAGGGCAUUUCCGUCCUCCGUUGGCAGCGCAGCUACAACGAUUACUCCGAUACCACCUUCAAACGGUUUGAUUAUGAGAUCGGGCAAACCGUACUGGGCUGGGCAUUCCACUAUUUCCCCUUCUAUCUGAUGGCACGACAACUGUUCUUGCACCACUAUUUCCCGGCUCUCUACUUUGCCAUCAUGGCCUUGUGCCAGAUCUUCGAUUUUGCAGCCAAUCGGAUAGCUUUCUUGGGGUUGAAGAAGUAUCCCGAGAUCGGCCGCACCAUUGCUGUGCUCUUCGUCGCAUUCGCAAUUGUGGUCUUCACCCUGUUCGCUCCGUUGGCCUACGGCAAUCCUUGGACACAAGAUCAAUGCAGGAAAGUCAAGCUGUUUGACACGUGGGACUUUGAUUGCAAUACUUUCCACACAGAUUAUGCAGCAUACUCAACAUCUCUUCCUGCAUUCGGGGACGCUACUCCCACCGUACCGUCAGCCCAAGUGGCAUCCGACAGGAAAGAAGUUCCCUCUGCCGUCACCGCUCAGGUGGGUGAAGGCAGUGUGAUCGCGAAACAAGAGCAUGUAGAGUAUCGUGAUCAAGAUGGCAACUUGUUGAACGCAGCGCAAGUCGCCGCGUUGGUGGCCGAGGGUAAGGCGUCCUUCCAGACAAAAUACGAAACACGCACGAGGAUGGUGGAUGAGUAUGGCAACGAGGUCAAUCCUGCUGGUGUUGCACCGGACCACCCCGACGUAGAAGGACAAAAUCCUUCGACGAAAGGUGGUGCAGAGGAGCAAGCAAGGAGUCAACCCGCAGACGCCAAAGCAGGUGGCUCAGUGAAGAAGGGAGACGAUGGGAAAGCAAAACCGGCGAGUGAUGCCAGCGAGGCGACGAAAUAA